AUGGCAAAGAACAGUGCAGUGGCUGUCAAAGUGAUGCGGUUAUUGUUUGUCGUGGCUAGAAAAGAGAUUGGUUACAUGUGGAACUGCUCAAAAAAUGUUAGAAAGAUCAGACGCGAAGCUGAAAAACUCAAAUGUAUUAGGGAGAGGGUUCAAGAACAGAUAAAUAUCCGUACAGGAGAUCAAUUCUCGUGUGAAGUGGAAGAUUGGAUGAAGGAUGCAGACACUGAAAUAUCCAAGGUUGGGGAAUUUCUUGAACAGGAACCUAAUGUGAAGAAGAUGCAUUGCAAAGUUGGUUUGUGUGGUAAUUGGGGAACUCUUCAUCAUUAUGGUAAGAAUGCAACAAAGAUGGCUCCUUCUCUACGACAGCUCCUAAAAAGUGGCAACACUUAUGAAAGGUCCUUCUCUGUUUAUACUCCUACACCCGGAUCACUAGAUGUUUAUCAAAACAAAUAUCUUGAUGAUCUUCAUACCCACAAUUCAGCUUUGGGGGAUAUCAUUAAGUCUCUUGAAGAUGAGAGCAUACAGAUCACUGGAAUCUAUGGGUUGGGAGGCGUAGGGAAAACGACAUUAGCCAUGAAAAUUGUUGCUAGAGUAGUUAAGAAUAAUAUGUUUGCUCAUGUUGCGUUUACAACCGUCUCACAAAACGUAGAUGUUAAGAAGAUUAAAAAAGAUAUUGGAGAAGCAAGGAAGCGAAUAAAGAAAGGGGAAAAGAUUCUAAUCAUAUUAGAUGACGUUUGGGAAAGAUUAAAUUUGGAAAACUUGUGUAUUCCAUGUGGGAAUAAUUACAUGAAUUGUAAGAUAUUAUUGAUAUGUAGAAGCGAAAAAUUGUGCCAGGAAAUGAAUGCUCAAAGUAUUUGUUUAAACUCGUUGCCACUAGAAGAAGCAUGGAUUCUUUUCAACCAUGUGGUCGGUGAAAGAUUGGAGACGGAUUCCAACUUGAAACCAGUUGCUUUAGAGGUUGUUAAAGGAUGUGAUGGAUUGCCACUACUUAUUCAAGCAGUCGGAAAUGCUUUGAAAGAUGAAAGCAUCAAAUCAUGGGAAUCAGCUCUUACUCAACUGCAAGAACAUGCACCAUCGAAUAUCGAUGAGGAGAUACGAAAAUCAUAUACUCAGUUAAAGCUAAGCUAUGACUAUCUUAAAAGUGAAGAUCCCAAGUCGUGCUUCUUGCUCUGUAGCAUGUUCCCUGAAGAUAUUUCAUUGGAAUACUUGGUACGUUAUGGGGUGGGUUUAGAAAAAUUUGAUGACCUGGAUAGCAUAGAGGAUGCAAGAGGCAGGGUUAAAAAUGCUGUUAAUAUCCUCACUUCUUCUGGCUUGUUAUUAAAUAGCAAACGAAAAGGAUGUACCAAAAUGCAUGAUGUUGUUCGUGAUGUGGCAUUGAUAAUUGCAUCUCAAAGCAAUAACAAAUUUCUGGUGAAAGCUCAGAAAGGUUUAACUAAAUGGCUACCAACAGGCACUAGCUUAAAAAGCUACAAAGGAAUUGCACUCAUGCAAAAUCACAUCAUCAAGCUCCCUAAUUAUAAGGUGAACGUACCACACCUUGAGAUUUUCCUUGUAUUUGGCAAUCGUAAAUUGUCAAAGAUUUCUAAUAAAUUCAUUGGGUGCAUGAAAAAAGUAAAGGUUUUAGAUAUUUCGUUGAAUAAUAUCUCAUCCUUGCCACAAUCAUUUCAACUCCUCACAAAACUUCGUAUGCUCAAUCUUUGUAGAAAUAAAUCUCUUCAUGAAAUUUCGAUACUUGGGGAUUUAAAGGAUCUUGAGAUUCUGAUUCUAGAUAAAACCAAAAUCAAUGAAAUUCCUAAGGAGAUUGCCCAUUUAGUAAACUUAAGGGUGCUUCAUGUUAGACAUUGUAACUAUCUAUCUCGCAUAAAGCAGGGUAUUAUAUUAGCGCUGUCGAAAUUGGAGGAGUUACGUAUUGAAUUUAAGUUGAAGUUCAAAGGAGGUUCUGAAAGUAUUAUUGAGAUAAUGAGCUUGCCAAAGCUGGCAUACUUGGACUUAACCGUUCCAAGUAUCCGUUAUAUUCCUCCUCAAGGACAAGAUUUCAAUUUCGGAAAAUUGAAAGAAUUUGUGAUUCAAAUAGGAAAAUACAAUCGAAAUGCUUCGAACAUCAGCUCCUUCUCAUGGUCAGGUCGUUAUCUAGUUCUUUCAAGAAGACAUCUUCAGAAUUUGUUAGUGAAGAGGUUAAAGAAACUGAUGGAGAGUAGUCGUCUUGUUACAAUUUUAAAUGAAAUUAAAAAUAUAAAUAAUAUGAUGCCAACCCUAUAUGAUGAAAGUUUCAAUAAUUUAGAGCAUAUUCAGUUGGAGGAUUGCCCUAAUGUGUCAUGCUUAGUGGAUGAUGGCACAAGGUGUGUUGGGGAUGAAGGGAAAACUAAGGAAAAGUUUUUCAAGGAACUUAAAGCCCUUACACUUAAAGAUCUUAAUAAGUUGGAGGUGUUAUGGAGAUGCCGGGAUGAAUAUAUUAGUCUUACUAACCUAGUCAUUCUCAGCAUUUUCCGAUGUAAUAAGUUAGAAAGAGUGUUCACGGUGAGUGUAGCAAAAAGCCUUGUCAAUCUCAAUGAACUAAAAAUUGAAAGUUGUGAAGAUUUAGAGGAAGUGAUUUGGGGUGGUGAUGGUGGAGAUGAUGGGUCUCAAAAUACUCAAAAGCUUCUACUCAGGGAGCGAGAAUUGUCGCAUCAAAUAUCCAUCUUUGGUGGAUGUUAA